CGGAGAAAGUAGAAACAAGAUAGGACGCACAGACUUGGCUGCUUCAGGGAUCGUGAAAUGGCGAUUUACAAAUUCCAUCAAUACCAGGUGGUCGGAAGAGGUCUCCCUUCGGAGUCUGUUGAGCAGCCAAAGAUCUACCGCAUGAAGCUAUGGGCCACUAAUGAGGUCCGUGCGAAGUCCAAGUUCUGGUAUUUUUUGAGGAAGCUGAAGAAGGUGAAGAAAUCCAAUGGCCAGGUCCUAGCAAUCAAUGAGAUCUUUGAGAAGAAUCCCACCACUAUCAAGAACUUUGGAAUAUGGUUGAGGUACCAAAGUAGAACCGGCUAUCACAAUAUGUACAAGGAGUUCCGCGAUACCACUUUGAAUGGCUCAGUUGAACAGAUGUACACUGAGAUGGCUUCUCGCCACAGGGUCCGCCAACAUUGCAUUCAGAUAAUCAAGACCGCUACUAUCCCAGCAAAGCUAUGCAAAAGAGAGAGCACCAAACAAUUCCACAACUCCAAGAUCAAGUUCCCUUUGGUGUUGAGGAAGGUGAGGCCACCAUCCAGGAAGCUCAAAACCACUUAUAAGGCAUCUCGACCCAAUCUCUUCGUUUAAACCUUUUUGCCAUACUUUACUGUUGUUGUGUUGAUUUUCACAUUUUGGAUGAACUUGUUUCGGUCAAAACAUCGUUUGGUUAAAGAGGGGAAUGAUUUGUUUCUUUGAGCAGUGAUAAUUUUAUUUUGCCUUGCUAUAAGUAAUCGUUUAAUUUAUUAUUUAUGAUAAGCUAGUAGCUAGUUCUUCAAAAUAGUAGUAUAGGCGGUUUGGAGUUUAACCAUACUUUAUGAUGCUUAUUUCUUUUAAUGUAUUGGAGCAGGUCUUUUGGGAGGGUUUAGUUUUUAUUUGGAAAUGUUAUCUGUUUCAUUCAUUUCAUUAAUUGUACCUUCUGGUUUACCAAAAUAUGUACAUUCUAUCAACAAUUUUUUUCUUUUCCAACUUUUUAUAUUUGAAAAAUAUGACACCCUAUUCUUGAGGGCACAAAACUUAAUGGAAUAUUUGACGUUUUAUUGCUUGGCGAGUUUGUUUUCUUUUUAAGAGUUUUUUUAUUAUAA